UGAGUCCUCGCGCCCCCCGCAUCACACUCUGCCCCUUUACCCCCAUCGCGCGACUUAGCCAUGUCUCAACAACUGCUGGACACGCCCUCGAAGCACGCAUUUUCGCUCUCCGGGCUCUUUGACACCGCGUGGAACAAGCUGUCUGAGACUGCCUUCAGGACCGGAUGGCGCCCUGUGGCAAAACUGUCCGAGGCGGCGGUCGUUGCGCUCAUGCAAAAGAUCACCCACGGGCAGCUGCGCGUGUUAACUUAUUCCCAUAUCUAUUCGUUCCCGACCGUGGCCGCCGAUGGAUCCGACGACGACUCCAGUCCUAAAGCUGAGCUUCGGGUGACGAGUGACUCGUUGUGGAUACGGUUGGCGCUUAUGGGCGAUCUGGGGUUCGCAGAGGCGUACAUGUACGGGGAAGUGGACUGUGACGACCUUGUUUCGCUGUUCAGUAUCUUCCUGGCCAACCGCCAAAACUUGUCCAACCUCGAUUCGAGAGCGUCGUACCUGUUCACACUACCCCAGAAACUGACCUCGUACCGAUUCCUGAACACGAUAGGGAAUUCCCGGUCAAAUAUCUCAGCACAUUACGAUAUCUCGAACGACAUGUUUUCCGGUUUCCUGUCACACGACAUGACCUACUCGUGUGCGAUCUUCGAGGACUUGGAUGGGGAUAUGAAAGAUGGAGUUGAGCGGAGUGGCUGGAGCGGCGGACAGGAGCUGCACAGGCUGGGCAAGCGCGCGGCGAGCAACCCGGUUGAUCCCACCGUCGAUUCGGACGUGGACGAGCUCUACGAUGCGCAAAUACGCAAACUCCGCCAUGUCAUCAAGAAAGCGAAGAUCCAGCCCGGAAACCGGGUGCUGGAAAUUGGCUCGGGGUGGGGCUCCAUGGCCAUCCUCACCGCGCAGACUGUCGAAGGCGCCGCGAUUGACACCCUCACUUUGUCUGUGCAGCAGCAGCAACUCGCUCAGGAGCGAAUUGCGGCGGCGGGUCUCUCGGAUCGCAUCACCGUGCACCUGAUGGACUACCGAAAUAUGCCGGCAGAUUGGCAGGGCGCGUUCGACCGUGUGGUGAGCAUCGAGAUGAUCGAGGCCGUCGGAUCCGAGUUCCUGGCCGGGUACUGGAAGACACUGGACUGGGCUUUGAAGCCCGUCGACGCAGUGGGCUGUGUCCAGGUUAUCACGAUACCCGAGGCACGUUUUGAGCGCUACAUGCAGGAGAUUGACUUUAUCCGCAAGUGGAUUUUCCCGGGCGGGUUCUUACCUACAUUGACGUUCCUGCUCCAAACGAUGCAAGAGGGAUCUGGUGGGCGGCUGACAGUGGACAAUGUCUCGAAUAUCGGUCCGCACUAUGCGAGGACGCUGCGAGAAUGGCGGCGCCGGUUCCUGCACCGGUUCGACAGCGUAAUCGUGCCUGCGCUCAAGCGGGAAUACCCGACGGUGAUGAACGGACCCCGGGGCAAAGAGGAGAUUGAGGUGUUCAAGCGCAAGUGGAUAUAUUACUACUGCUAUUGCGAGGUCGGCUUCUCGUCGCGAACCCUGGGUGACCAUAUCGUGACAUUCACUCGCGAGGGAUGUGCUGAUUACGGGUGUACCAUCUAUGAAUAAAAAGAUGGUACACAUUUUGGAUUAUUAAUUGUGGUAUCGAUGUACUAUACUUAUAAAAUGUAACACGAGCAGCAGCAUGAGCGUGUCGUAUUGGACACGCGGCUAAAGAUACAUUACAUUCGCAGCAGGUUGAUACAUAGGAAUACAUGACAGCAGGCUUUCAG